UGCCCUGAAUGACGGGUCGCCACUGCUGAUAUUACAACUUUUGCUUGCAGUAGGGCGGUGUGACAGACAGACAGAGAGAGAGCGCAGAUAAUGUUACAUGCGGACAAGAGGGAUUCAAAUCAGGGGGCGCACGGUUGGCUCAAUUUGGGAUUCUAACUGGCUUUGGCAGGCAGGGGUGCCGCGAAGUAACGAGGUUAGCUAGCACCUCGUAGAUGGUCUUAUUUUCAAAAUGAGGUUAAGAGUUGGAUUUAUUCUUCGUAGUGUAAUAGUUAUUGCCACAUUCUUAGGGCUUGUGGUGCUUUGGUUUUCCCUUUCGCCGAUAGAGCACGACGAAAAUCCCUUUGCUAAACGGGAGGGAGAUGCCCCUAACCUCUUGCCUAAGAAUGACAUUGCUGACCAGUUCAAACCCGUGGUCCCCUGGCCCCAUGUGGAAGGGGUCGAGGUGGACCUGGACUCCAUCCGACAGAAGAACAGAGGAGACGACAAGCUGGUUCCUGGCAAACCAGCCGGCGGUGCUCAGAACCAGCAGAAUGUCAUCCAGAAACAGUAUGUCACCUUCAAGCCCCACACCAAUGUCUACUCGGCACCCGUCCUAAGGAAGGGGACCCUGGGGAACUUUGAGCUUAAGGAGCCGGAGCCCCACGGGGUACAGGAUGGGCCUGGGGAGGGGGCGAAGCCGUUCGUCCUGGGAGCGGAGUACCACGAGGCCGCCCAGGCCAGCAUUAAGGAAUUUGGCUUCAACAUGGUGGCCAGUGACAUGAUCUCCCUAGACAGGACCAUCAGCGACAUUCGCCAUGAAGAGUAAGUAGUGUAAGGCCUGAGCCCAAUCCA